AUGGCUGAAGCAAAGCGUCAACGUACCGAACCUCAGUAUGAGUUGCUCUAUCACCCUAGCAUCCCUGGUAGAGGCGAAUUUGUUCGCUUAAUGUUCGAGGCCGCGGGUGUCGGCUAUGCCGAUGUUGCCAACGAUAAUCCGCCAGAUGACUCUGGAGCCAAUGGAUAUGGCUUGGUGCAAGCCAUCUCAAACCCCGAGAGCACUGGGGACGAAAAUGGCAAUCCUCCUGCUUUUGCACCACCUGCCCUGCGUGUCCAUGGAGCCGGCAAGAAUGGAAAGGCGCUCGUGAUCCACCAGACGCCCAACAUCCUUUUGUAUCUUGGUGGCCCUCUUAAGCUUGCUGGCUCAGAUGAACCGGAAAAAUACUACGUCAAUCAGCUUACCUUGACCGCACUUGACCUCAACAACGAAACGCAUGACACACAUCAUCCUGUUGCUGUUAUGAAGUACUAUGAAGGUAUGGACCAUGGACAUUUGUGUUGUACAUCCAUUGACAAGGUCCANGAACAAAAGGACGAAGCACUGAAAAAAGCGACUGACUUCCGCGACAAUCGCUUGCCCAAAUUCUUCAGCUACUUUGAACGUGUACUCAAGCACAAUCAGUCCUCAGGAAAAGGCAAACAUCUUGUGGGCGAAUCUUUGACGUACGCAGAUCUUACUUUGUGGCAGGUCAUUGAUGGACUCAACUUCGCCUUCCCAAAGGAGAUGAAUCACAGAAGUUCGGAGUCCCCGUUGCUUUUUGAUCACUUCUACCCAAAUCUAAAGAGCGAACCUUGGAUGAAGAAGUACCUGGACAGCAAGAGAAGAAAGCCAUAUUCCAUNGGGGUCUUCCGACACUAUCCCGAGCUUGAUCGUCAAUGA